AUGGCGCAGGCAACUAUGGCGGCGGGGGUAAUUAUGGCGGUGGUGGUAAUCGUCCAUACGGUGGUGGUGGCUAUGAUGGUCAAAAUGCAGGGAAUAUCGGUGGUGGGCGCUGAUGGGUCCGGCUCAAAGGCGCAGAACCAGAAGAAGAAGAAGAAGAAGAAGAAGGUAGACAUCAAGAAGGAGGUGUCAGUGCACGAUGACACUAGCAGUGAUGAAGACGAGGAACUGAUAGGCAUGGUGCAGAAGAACGAGUUGCAGAGCAAUCCGAGCAUGUGGAUGCUGGACUCGGGUAGCAGUACGCACGCAGUAGAUGAGCAGGCUGAGGCGGACGCAGUGAUGAUGAUGGCGGUAAACGCCGAUGCCAACCCUCUCAUGCGGUGGCAUGAGCGUUUCGGACAUUUGAAUGUGGCUGCAAUCAAGCACAUGAUGGAGACGGGUAAGGUGUCGGGCAUGGAUAUCCCGAAGGAGUUGCUCAAGAAGAAGUUCACCUGCCUCAGUUACGAAGGUUCCCGCUACAAGUGA